AAUCCUAAUUCCUCCUUUUCCAACCGGAGGCAGAAGGCGAGGGUUGAGCAAGCAGUGGGUCCAGACAAACCUGACCUGGACUGCCUGGGUGAGGCCCGUCUGUCAUGAGGCUUGCUGUGCUCCUCUUGGGGGCCUUGGGGCUGCUGGCAGCCCAGGGGACGGGGAACGACUGUCCUCAUAAGAAGUCGGCCACUCUGCUGCCGUCCUUCACGGUGACCCCGACGGCCACAGAAAGCACAGCAAGCCCUGGGACCACGAGCCACAGAACCACCACGGCAGGUGCCACCAGCCAAGAACCCACAACAGCCACUCACAAGCCCCCGACCACCCCCAGCCACGGAAACACCACGGUUCACCCAACGAUAAGCAACAGCACCACCGCCAGCCCCAACACCUCCACCAGCUCCCCCCACCCAGGGCCACCGUCCCCUCCGCCCCCACCCCCCAGUCCCAGCCCGGGGCCCCAGGAGGCCAUAGGAGACUACACUUGGACCAAUGGCUCCCAGCCCUGCGUCCGGCUCCAAGCCCAGAUUCAGAUUGGAGUCGUGUACCCAACCCAGGGCGGAGGAAAGGCCUGGGGCAUCUCGGUCCUGAACCCCAACAAGACCAAGCCGCAGGGGCGCUGUGAGGGCGCCCACCCCCGUCUGCUGCUCUCGUUCCCUUCCGGACAGCUCAGCUUCGGAUUCGAGCAGGACCCACGGCAGGGCGCGGUCUACCUGAGCUCCGUGGCUCUGGAGUACAACGUGUCCUUUCCUCGGGCAGCGCAAUGGACCUUCUCGGGUCAGAAUUCAUCCCUUCGAGCUCUCCAAGCACCCCUGGGCCAGAGCUUCAGCUGCAGAAAUGCGAGUGUCGCCCUGGCACCGUCUCUGCGCCUUGACUUGCUUGGGCUGAAGCUGCAGGCUGCUCAGCUGCCUUUCUCAGGGGCCUUUGGGCCAAGUUUCUCCUGUCCCAGCGACCAGUUCAACCUGCUGCCCGUUAUCAUCGGUUUGGUAGCACUGGGCCUCCUCGCCCUGGUGCUGGUUACAUUCUGCGUGGUUCGGAGAGGCCCACCCUCCUACCAGGCCCUCUGAGUAUCUGUCCCAACACCAGAGGACACCACAGGGCCCGCGGUUCUUCCCACUCAACCGACUCGGAAACAAAAGUUGUCUUCCCUCUCCGACUUCAGGGUCACCAACAAGAGCAGAGUUAAUGCCACGUGGAGGAGUGGAGGAAGAUGUUCGUUAGAUUUGACCUGUUUCUCCUCUCCCAGCCCCAGAAUAAUAAAACCUGCUCGAACCUC